AGUACCAUGAUCCGGACGGAGGGGCCCAGGUCGCUGUAUAACGGUCUGGUGGCAGGCUUACAGAGACAGAUGUGCUUUGCCUCCAUCAGGAUCGGCUUCUAUGACAACGUCAAAAACUUCUACUCUGGCGGAGCAGACACUGCAAAUAUUGGUAUCCGUAUCAUGGCCGGCUGCACCACAGGGGCCAUGGCUGUGUCUUUCGCCCAGCCCACUGACGUGGUGAAAGUCCGCUUCCAGGCCCAGGUCAACCUGACCGGGGUGGCUCGUCGCUACACGGGCACCAUGCAGGCCUACAAACACAUUUUCAACCACGAGGGCAUCCGCGGGCUCUGGAAAGGCUGUCUACCCAACAUCACUAGGAACGCUCUGGUCAACUGCACAGAGCUUGUGACCUAUGACCUCAUCAAGGAGGCCAUUCUUAGGCACAACCUGUUGUCAGAUAACCUCCCGUGCCAUUUUGCUUCUGCGUUUGGCGCCGGCUUCGUUACCACCUGCAUUGCCUCUCCGGUGGACGUGGUGAAGACACGAUACAUGAACUCUCCGCCGGGCCAGUAUAAGAGUGCCAUCAACUGUGCCUGGACCAUGGCCACCAAAGAGGGACCCACGGCCUUCUACAAAGGAUUUGUGCCCUCAUUUCUAAGGCUGGGCUCAUGGAACGUUGUGAUGUUUGUGUCGUUUGAGCAGCUCAAGAGAGUCAUGAUGGUAGGAAAGAAGAAGAUGGAGGACAAAAGUUAACUUCAUUCCUACGUGCAAAGAGCCCUUUGCAAUGAUGGAUUGACAAGCGCACAAACCCUAGCCAUAUUGAGUUGGACCAACAAUGUAGUGUAGACUACAGGAAUACUAUGGACCACGAUCCAUAACGUUAAGAUUCUUAUGUGUUCGACUGUCAGCAUGUAUGAAUAAUGAGGAAUCCUUUGUUAAAAAGGAGUUAUGAAAGUGCAUUUGAAGUGCAUCUACCUUGGAGAAUAGUUUUAUUUUCUCUAUUUUUAUUUAUUUUGACCUAUACUUCUCCUACGGUCUCAAACCAGUCCUUGGGGACCUCUAGCCAUUCUCUAUAGUGUAUUUAGCACACCUGCCAAAUGUGAACUAAUCAGCAAGCCGCCGUUCCUUUAAAUCAGGUGUACUAGGGUUAGGAUACAUUACUCUAGGAACGACUGCUAGGCUACCAGGACUGGGUAGAAAAAGGCUUCCCUUGUAUUGUGUGCUUAAAUUUAAGCCCCAACAAGAACUGCUCCCCGGUCGCCGAUGACGUGGAUGUCGGUUAAGGCAGCCCCCUCCGCAACGCUCUGAUUUAGACGGGUUGGGUUAAAUGCGGAAGACACAUUUCAGUUGAAUGCAUUCAGUUGUGGAACUGACUAGGUAUCCCCGUUUCCCUUCAUUCCCCCCAAAAAACAUUUAAUAAGUUAUAGUUUAAUAAUUAGAUGUUGGUAAUUUGCAAUAUAUUGAACUUUAUAUACUUA